AUCACUGGUCAUGUGAUGAAGAGGCUGAGCCGUUCAGGGAAGGAGCUGCUGCGACCGGCUGGCUGGUCUCUUUUCACCUCGAAGACUGCAGAAGGAGGACAGCAGCAAUGUGCACCAGGAUCCAGCCCACCGAGUGGACCACCGACCUCAAAAACCAGAAUUUUGAUGGCAUCGUCUUAGUGACCCAGAGCCAUGACACCCUCCCCGCUGAGCUGGAGUGUCUGAAAGCCCCGCUGCAGGAUUACAGCUCUGUGGACAGCGGUUUGGGUGAUGAGGUGGUGCUUAUCAAGGUUCCCGGUCUUCCCGGGAAACGCUUGAUAUUUGCCUCCACCGGCCCUGUGAACCGGGACUAUGAUGAUGUCAGACGCUUUAGUGACGCAGCAGUCAACGGCAUCAAACGUGCCUUGAAAGCAGGCAUGCAGCGACCCCUGCUGGUUUGCCCUCCGCACAAGGACUAUAAAGACAAUGCCUUGGCAGCUGCACUUGGUGCCCUUCAUGCUCUCUACAUGCCCCUUGAAGUGCGAGAGGCAAACAUCAAAUCCUUGGACCACAAGGUGUGUGUUCUGGGGCUGUGGGCGGCACAGGAGGCUGAGGGGAAGAGGCUGGUAGAGCUGGCGAAUGCUCUGGAAAGCGGAAGACUGGCUUACCGGGACAUCGGCGGCUCAGACCCUGAACGCAUGGCUGCCCCUCGCGUGGCCGAAUACGUCCAGGAGCUUUUCAAGAACAGCCCUGUGGAGGUGGAAGUGCUGAGCAACGUGAAGGUUCUGGAGAAGGAGUAUCCAUGUCUGGCUGCAGUGAACCGCUGUGCAAACAGUGUACCACGUCAUCAGGCCAGGGUCAUCAAGUUGCAGUACCGUGGAGAGGGACCGAUCCAGAAGACUCUCAUGUUGGUUGGAAAGGGCAUUACUUACGACACAGGAGGAGCAGACAUCAAGGCUGGAGGCUUCAUGGCUGGGAUGCACAGGGACAAGUGUGGAGCUGCUGCUGUUGCUGGAUUCUUCCAGAUUUUAGCCCAUCUGAAGCCAAAACAUCUGAAAGUUGUCGGUGCGAUGACCAUGGUGAGGAACAGUGUGGGUGCAGACUGCUACGUGGCAGACGAGCUGGUGGUCUCCCGCGCAGGUCGCAGAGUCCGGGUGGGAAACACGGAUGCAGAAGGACGUAUGGUGAUGGUGGACCUGCUCUGUGAGAUGAAGGAGAAGGCGGCGCAGGAGGUUUCUCCGCAGCUCUUUACGAUUGCGACCCUGACUGGUCACGCCAUCAGAGCGAUGGGACCAAACUACUCUAUCAUCAUGGACAACGGGCCGGCCCAUCGCAAUGGGAACGCCGCUCAGUGGCAGAAAGCUGGAGAGGUGUUGGGAGAUGUGUUUGAGAUUUCCAACAUCAGACGGGAGGACUAUGAGUUCCACAAGGGACCGUCUGAGUACGAGGACAUCCUGCAGUGCAACAACCUCCCGUCCUCAGCAACACCACGAGGACAUCAGACCCCUGCAGCUUUCCUCAUCAUGACCUCAGGCCUUGACAAGCAUGGAGUGGAUUCAGAUGCACCUCUGCCCUACUCCCACAUUGACAUCGCUGGGUCAAGUGGUCCUUUCCCUGGAGUGCCAACAGGAUCCCCCAUCCUCGCCAUGGCAACCAAAUACAUCCUUCAAGAUCGUCUCUAAAAAUGCUAAAAAACACAUUAUGUACCUGCUCAAACCUUAAUGAAACACUUCUAAAAACCUCAGGUUUAUUUUUCUUUGACUGUGCUUGUUUCUAACACCUAAUUUUCUUCCUGUCUGAAUUAUGGGUUCAACAAACCUGUAAAGUGGCCUGAAUUAGCAAACACUCAGGGGUCGAAUUUAGUCAUUUAUGAGGGUGUGUGUUGUGAAACCAAGUUCGGCUCAUUAUUCAAUAAAAAAUGGGGCUUUAUGGUUA